AUGCCGCCCUCCCUCAGCAACCGGCUCGAUCUCGACGUAUACCACGUUGUCAAGCGCCUCGAGCAGAGCGCCAACGACGGCAGGCCCUUCAAGACCGUCGCCGCCGCGUACGGCGCCGUCAAGGCCUCCAACUCGAGCCUCAGCCGCCAGAAGAAGCGGCCGCUGGAGGAUGCCCUCUUCCGCGUGCUCGACGUCCGGAAGCAGGAGCGGGCCGAGGACGAGGACGAUGACUCCGAGGCGGCCAUUGACGUCGACGAACCCGAACCGACGACCAAGGGCGACGAGCGCUUCCUGCUGAACCGCCAGAUGACCAAGCACUGGAACGUCGAGGCCGCGGCGAUGCCAGCGGCGAUCACAAAUACACAGCAGCCGAAUGGCGAGCAGCCGCCGGCCAAGAAGAAGCGACGGGUUGAUAUUGACCCCGACGAGACGAAUAUGACCAGAGCAACGAGUGAGGGCGCCACGGGAUUGUCGACGCCGAAGGAGUCCAAAGAAAGCAAAGCGACUCUCGACGGCAGCAAACUGCAAAAGAAGACCCCUCGAGGACCGCUCUUCGAUGUCGAGUCAAGCAUUGACCGCCCGAGAUUAGGCGGUCUCGGCAAGGCAUAUGAUGAGUUGCUCUUCGAUCUGGAGAACCUAUUAAUAGCACCUCAAUGCUACGACCCGUGCGACGAGCGCCUGCUCGGCAUCCUCCUCACCGGUCCCUCCGCCAUCGGCAAGACGUCCUACGUGCGGUCCUUUGCCGCGCACAUGGGCGUCGCCCUCAUCGACAUCACGCGCUGCUUUCAAGAACCCGAACGCAUCGAGAAGGCCCUCACCGAAGCCUUUGACGCGGCUCUCGCCUCCGCGCCGUGCCUCGUCUUCGCCGCACACGUCGAGCGGUACCUGCCCCUUCCCAGCGGCGGCGACACCGCCGCGCACAACGAGCAGCCGCAGCGCGCACUCGCCCUGCUGGAGCGGCACAUGGCGCGCGUCAAGGCGCAGCGCGUGCGUGUCGUGUGCGUCGCCACCGCCGCGCGCGAGGCCGACGUCCACCCCGCGCUCUUCACCGGCGGCUGGUUCGACGUGCGCGUGCCGCUGUCGGUGCCGACCGCCGCCGAGCGAGCCGACAUCCUGCGCGCCGUGAUCCACGAGCGUGCGGUGCGCGACGACCUCGACCUCGUCGGCCUCGCCCGGAGGAUGGACGGCUACGUCGGCGGGGACAUUGCGCAGCUCGUGCGGCACGCCGCGCGCAACGCCGCCGGUCGCUCCCGGUCAUCCCACUACCCGCCCUCCGGCGACGACACCAUCUACACGGCCGCCGACAGCGGCGACCCAGCCUCUUCCGUACCUCCCAGCAUGCCGCUGACGCUCGACGACUUCGCCGCCGCCAUGAAGGACUACGUGCCCAUGCUGCGCAAGGAGGGCUUCACCGCCAUCCCCAACGUAACGUGGGACCAGGUCGGCGGCCUGGCCUCGGUGCGCGAGCAGCUGCAGCUCUCCAUCGUCGGGCCCAUCGCCAACCCGGCGCUGUACGCCCGCUUCGGCCUGACCCGCGCCGGCGGGUGCCUGCUCUGGGGCCCGCCGGGCUGCGGCAAGACGCUUGUCGCGCAGGCCGUCGCCAACGAGGCGCAGGCCAGCUUCAUCCUCAUCAACGGGCCCGAGCUGCUCAACAAGUACGUCGGCGAGUCCGAGCGCGCCGUCCGCGAGCUCUUCGCGCGCGCCCGCUCCUCCACGCCCUGCAUACUCUUCUUCGACGAGUUCGACUCCAUCGUCCCGCGGCGCGACGGCGGCGGCAGAACCUCCGAGGCCGGCACCCGCGUCGUCAACGCGCUCCUAACGGAACUGGACGGUGCGCGCGCUCGACCGGGCGUCUACGUCAUCGGCACCACGAACCGCCCGGACAUGAUCGACGACGCCAUCCUGCGGCCCGGCCGCCUCAGCCGGCAGCUGUUCCUGGACCUGCCGAGCCCGGAGGAGCGCGUCGAUAUCCUCCGCGCCAUCUACCGCACGCGCCACGCCGACACCACCACCAGGGAUGAGGAGGAGGAGGCGGCGCUGCUGAGCGGCGUCGCGCUGGACGCCCGCUGCGCCGACUUCUCCGGCGCGGACCUCAGCGGCCUGCACGAGAAGGCGGCCGAGUUCGCGCUCACUAGGUACCUGGCGGCGCGCGACCCGGACGCGCCGCAGGAGAUUGCGGCGCGCGACUGGGAGGAGGCGCUCAAGGUGACGAGGCCAAGCGUGGCGAGGCCGGAGAUGUACAGGAAGCUCAGGGCGAAGAUGGGAGGGGCGUUGUAG